AGUGUUAUACAUGAUAUGUAUGAAGAAGAAGAAGAAAAGAUGAGUGUAAAAAGAAAAAGUUGUUAUUUAACUUGUUAGUUAAGUUUGGUUAAGUGGAUUCGGGAAUAUAGCAGAAGAGUGAUGGAAAUCUUUGGAGCAGUGUGCAGAAGAGAAGAGACUGUGCACUUUCCCUUUCUAUCUGAAGGCUGCGGAGUGAGAGGUAGUUAUCAUUCACGCGUCACAUUCACGUUAGGUCAUCUCAUAUCUCUAUAAUCUCUAUAAUCUCUAUAAUCUCAUCAACAUUUUCAAACUCACUCUUCAAAUAUCCUUACUUUCCCUAAUUUCUCGAAUCUUGUUAGCUAUCUGCUUAGCCCAGUUAAAUCAGUGCCUAUUUUUUCAGCCAGUUUCCUCCCUCCACAAGCCAACUUCCUCAAUCACCUCACAAAUCAAUCUCUCUGCCUUUCCACUCAUCCAUCACACCCUUGUAGCUUUCUGUCCCUUUGAGCUUUUCUUUUCUUUAUCUUCAAACACACAACAACUUCGUCCUGGAUUUCGUUCGCUUCUGCAUACAAAAGGUUGUUUCUUCACCUUCAUUUAUUACGAUUUUGGUCGGUUCUCUACUUCAGCCCAAACCAACCCUUCUCAUCCUUUCAAAAAAAAUCCCACCUUUUUGUCUUCUUUCUACUUUCCCCUCACUUCUUCUGAGAUCUUAAACAAAAGGUGCUUCCAAAGUGAAGUCCUUUUUCGAAUACGAGAAUGCAGGAUCCAGCGUUGUUCCAGCCCUUGAAACCCCACUUUCCCGAACAAGAGCAGCUUAAGUGUCCGCGUUGCGAUUCCGUCAACACCAAGUUCUGUUACUACAACAACUACAACCUCUCGCAGCCGCGCCAUUUUUGCAAGAAUUGCAGAAGGUAUUGGACCAAAGGAGGUGCUUUGAGAAACAUCCCCGUCGGGGGUGGAAGCAGAAAGAACGCCAAACGAUCAUCCUCAUCCGCCAACACCAAACGCGCUUCCCCGUCACCUGCUCCAGAACCCGACCCGACUCGUGUUUGCCCUAGCCCGGUUGUUGGUGGUGGUGGGAAUUUCGGUUCCCUUUUGGCAUCGGGUGCUCAUUUGGGGAACCUCUUGGUGGGUCUGAAAUCAAGUGGGGCGAAUCUAAAAGCUGUGCAAAUGGAAGAAUUUGGGGAGGAUGUUAGUUCGGGUCACCUGGUGGAUCCGGGUUCUGGUCGGAACCCUGUGCUGGAGAUUGAAAGGAAUGGGAAUGCAGCAAGUUUUCUGAGUAUGCAAAAUGGUGAUUCAAGCUGUUGGAAUGGUACUAAUGGGUGGUCUAACCUUGCAAUUUUCACUCCUGGGCCUAGCUAUGAAAAUUUAUGAAUAUUCUGAUAUAUAUGUAUAUUUAAACAUGUUGUGAAAAGAUUUAUAUAUAUCAGUAGCUUAAGUUAAAGUCUUUGGGAUAUCGGUAUAUCAUAUAUAUCGUGCUAUGGAGAUCACAAACGAGUAAGCCACUGCAAUAGGAUCGAUUUUAAAGUUUCUUUUGUGUUGGAUUUUUAUGUUUGUGGAUGGUGGUGUUCUUCACUUUUACCAAUGAUGGAAGAAAGAAAGACAGCAUGUAUUUUCUUAGAUAUGAAUGUUGUUGUAGUGAGAUUGUUUUCAAUGUCAUCACGUAGAAGUGCUGCCAAUGCCAUGACUUGGAGAUUCUAAUUUA